AUGCCUAGAAAUGUAAAAAUCGCAUCCGGUCCGGCAAAGGCCAACAUUCCACUCCUCCGCUUCCCUCCUGCUAUCGCUCAACACAGUGGCGCUCGCUCAAUUCUCCGGCUCCGGAGCAAAAACCUCGAGCCAGCUAAUUGCCGCCGUUCCAGCUGCGUCGCGUUCUUCCAGUCCAUAACCCCAAUUCUCUCCGGAGAUUCGUCGAUUCUACGGCCUCUCUCUGGCUCGCCAAAGGUAUAUGCUCAAUGCCGCCUCGGCCUUCAUUCUCGCGGGAACUCUAGGUUAAGGUUAUUUCUCCCAAUUUUGGCGUACUUCCCCGAUCGAAAUGGCUUGCUGGUCUGUCGUUGCUGUUGGGGAUGCUGUCUUUAG